AUGAAAAAUAAUUUGAUAAUAAUUCUAAUUUUUACUGUUUCAAUUGUUGAUGGAUUUUUUGGUGAGGGUUUUUUGGUUUUCUUGAGUGAAAAUAUGUAAAUAUGGGUCAGGGGAUGUACUUGAGAAGAGAUAAUUACAUGAUUUGAGGCUACAGCUACAAAAUACAAGGAAAAUCCGUGUAGUUCUCGAGGAAAAGUCAAAGUUUACAUCAAUCAAAGUAAAUUUUAGUCCGAGAAAAGUACACAGAUUAUUUGAAAAAAAACCAAACUUUUUUGAAUUUCAAAGUUUCCCGCUUGCAAACUUGUGUAGUUCUCGAGGAAAAGUCAAAGUUUACAUCAAUCAAAAAUUUAACAGUCAAUUUUAGUCCGAGAGAAGUACACAGAUUAUUUUUUAAAAAUCAAAUAAAUUUGAAUUUCAAAGUUUCCCUCUUGCAAACUUGUAUAGUUCUCGAGAAGAAGUCAAGAGUUUCUUAUAACAUGGAUUUUUUGCAACUCGAGAAAUAGUUGUCCGAGAGAAGUACACGGAAUCUUCGGAAAUUAAAAAAAAUUAAAAUUUUCCCGCCCAAAAUAUGCUCUAGUCCGAGAGAAGUACACAGAUUAUUUUUAGAAAAACCAAAUAAAUUUGAAUUUCAAAGUUUCCCGCUUAAAAACUUGUAUAGUUCUCGAGAAGAAGUCAAAGAUACAAGGAUUCUUCAAAAACCUAUCAUUUUUUUUUGAAAUUUGUAAUUUUCCCGCUUGAAAAAGUGUGUAGUUCUCGAGGAGAAGCUAAACAUUUUUGUCCGAGAGAAAUACACAACUUUUUAAUUUCUAAAAUGUUCCAAAAAUGUUGUGAAGGAGUGAAAAAAUCCGGGAAAAAUGUAUUUUUGAAAUUUUUUCUCCAAAUUCCAGACGAAGUUCCCCGAUGCUUAUCCGGCCGUCGUCCACUUUUGGACGAAAAUCUCAAACUCUUCCCAUGCCAUCAUUCAAAUUGUCCCGACAAAUUCUAUUGCGAAAAACAACAAACGAAACAUCUUUUCAAAAAUCAGGUACUCUCUUUCUCUCUCUCGCCCCACUCUCCUCCCUUUACACACUCUCUCACUUCACAGACUCGCUCAUUUUGCUGUCCAAACAGCACACUUCUCUCGUCGCCUGCCGAUGCCGCCGAGGUCAGUGUUUUCAAUGUUAUUUGACGAUGAGUUCUCGUCCUCCCAUGUGGUCUAGUGGUUAGGAUUCGUGGUUUUCACCCACGCGGCCCGGGUUCGAUUCCCGGCAUGGGAAGCUAAUUUUUUAAAAUUUAUUUUUUGGUAGAGAAACAUUUUUCUUUUGAAGAUCUCAUUUCAAAUUGAAUCAUCUACCGAACUUCUACGAUCUUUAUCAUGCGAACGAUUUCCCUAUCAUCAAACGUGUUCGAAGAGUAAAAAUGACUCACAGCCUAUUAUUAUGUAUUAUUUUGAUGUUCAAACUUUAAACUGUGAACUAUAUCCGUAUGGAUUAUGUGAGAAUGAUCCGAAAUUAACACUCCGAACAAAGAAAGAAUGCGAAAGACGGUGUGAUGUGCAAAAAUUGAAAGAGGCGCUGGAUAUGUUGGAGGAAAAUGGGUUGGAGGAUAUUACGAUACCGGAUUCGCGUGAGUUUUUUUGAGCAAUUUUUUUGAAUUUUCAAACCCAGCCCCAAAAACUCACUUCAAAAAAUCACCAAAUCCUCGUCAUUUCGAUAAUUUUUGCUCCAAAAUCACAAAAUUUUUCCAUCACCUGAAAAUCCGCGGUUUUCAUUCCAUAAAAUUCAAAUUUUCUCCCAAAAAACUCACUCAUUUUCCAAAAUUUCAACUCAUUCUUCACAUUUUCAUCCAGUUUUCAGCUUGGAAUAAUCUGAAAAAUUAAAAAAUAAUUCAAAAAACAAAAAAAAAGAAAAAGAAAAAACAAAUCAAUAAAAAUCGUGUUGGCCACGCGCUAAUACGCUAAACAAUAGGCAAAGUGACAGCGGAGUGUCGUUGUAAGUGAAAUAAUUGUUUUUUCUCGUUGCCAAUCAUUGUUUUGUGAUACGAUUCCAAACUUGGGACUUCUUUGAAAACUUGUGAAUUUGCUUUACAUAAAUUUUGAAACAGUGAUUUUUUUUUUUUGAAGAAAAUAAUUUUUCAGAAUUUAUUUUUCAAAAAAAAUUUUUUUUGAAGAUUUUUUUUCGUAAAACGGAUUUCUUGAAUCGAAAAAAAUUCACUGUUUCAAAAUUUUCAUUAAAAAUUUGAAACAUCUUGAAACUGCUUUCUUAGCAACUUAGCAAAGUUUCAAGAUGUUUCAAAUUUUUAAUGAACAUUUUGAAACAGUGAAUUUUUUUCGAUUCAAGAAAUCCGUUUUACGAAAAAAAUCUUGAAGAAAACAUUUUCUGAAAUGAAAAAAUAAAUCCUGAAUACAAAUUUUCCAGCUCAAAUCGCCAUCGAUGACACCAAAACCGAAUCCAAACAUCUACGCGGUCAUCCGCCUCCACCAACCGACAUCGAAAUUCAACACCGAAGUGAAAAUCUGAUUUUGGAAGAUCUAGAAGGUUCGGGAAACAAGAUAAGCUCAUACGAAGAUAUUAAUGAGAUCUUGUUGAGUGGCAGUCAAGUUCCAAGGGAGGUUGUGAUUAUUGAAGAUGAUUUGGUGGAGGGUGAAGGUUCGGGAAGUCAAGAUGAAGAUCCGAUUGUGACAUCAGGGACUUCUACAACACCUGGAUCUAGUACUUCAGAAGCAUCUAGAACUUCUACACAGGAGACAUCAACAGCAUCUAGAACAUCUACACAAAGAUCUGUAGCAUCAAGAACCCUCCAACCAGAAUGUCUCGCCUCUCCCUACCGCCUUCUCUGCCAAACCGGAAAACCCUCACAAUUCGUCUAUCGCUGGGAAGUUCUCGAUGGAAAAUGUCAAAGUUUCCCGUACGGAUAUUGCUGGAAAGAGCACAAUCUACCACAUCCAAGAACUCAGGCGGAAUGCGAAAGUUAUUGUGUCACUGAGCUGAGUUCCAAGUUUUAA